ACCCACAAUGCCGUGCGGCGCUGCCCGCUCCGCUCCGUUAUGGAGGCAGCGGCAGCCGCCGCCGCAGCUGGAACAGCUGGAGCAGCUCCGGCGAUGGCCGCCUUCCCCCGGGCGCGCUGAGCCCCCCGCACCCCUCGGGCUCCAGCAUGAGCGGAGGCGGCUCGUCGGCACCCGGCCGCUUCGCCGACUACUUCGUGAUCUGUGGGCUGGACACCGAGACCGGGCUGGAGCCGGACGAGCUCUCGGCACUAUGCCAGUAUAUACAGGCCUCUAAAACCCGAGAUGGUGCCGGCUGUUUCAUUGCAAGUGCAGUAGAAGGUGAAAAUUUUGAACAGACUCCAUUAAGACGCACAUUUAAGUCCAAAGUUCUUGCUCGUUAUCCUGAGAAUGUAGAAUGGAAUCCUUUUGACCAGGAUGCAGUGGGAAUGCUGUGUAUGCCUAAAGGGCUUGCUUUCAAGACCCAAGCCGAUUCCAGAGACCCUCAGUUCCAUUCGUUUAUAAUCACCCGGGAAGAUGGCUCGCGGACAUUUGGGUUUUCUCUCACAUUUUAUGAGGAAGUUACCAGCAAGCAAAUCUGUAGUGCAAUGCAGACAUUAUAUCAUAUGCACAAUGCUGAAUAUGACAUUCUGCAUAUUCCACCCACAAAUGACAAAGAUAGCUGUAGCAGCAUAGAAGACUGUAAUGGAACUUCUGUAUCAAAGCUACAGCGUUUUAACUCGUAUGAUAUUAGCAGAGACACACUGUAUGUCUCUAAGUGCAUUUGUCUGAUUACCCCAAUGUCUUUCAUGAAGGCUUGUAAGAAAGUACUAGAGCAACUUCACCAAGCUGUAACUUCUCCUCAACCACCACCAUUACCUUUGGAAAGUUACAUCUACAAUAUUCUCUAUGAGGUUCCUCUUCCUCCAGCAGGGAGAUCCUUAAAAUUUUCAGGUGUUUAUGGACCAAUUAUUUGCCAGAGACCAAGCACCAGUGAACUGCCAUUAUUUGACUUUCCAGUUAAAGAAGUUUUUGAAUUACUUGGAGUGGAAAAUGUGGUUCAGCUCUUUACUUGUGCUCUUCUGGAAUUUCAGAUACUGCUUUAUUCACAGCAUUACCAGAGAUUGAUGACGGUGGCAGAGACCAUCACAGCACUAAUGUUUCCAUUCCAAUGGCAGCACGUUUAUGUUCCUAUCCUGCCAGCCUCUCUCCUUCAUUUCCUAGAUGCCCCUGUCCCUUAUUUGAUGGGCUUGCACUCCAAUGGAUUGGAUGACAGGUCUAAGCUGGAACUGCCUCAAGAGGCUAACCUGUGCUUUGUGGAUGUAGACAACCAUUUUAUUGAGCUUCCAGAGGAUUUGCCCCAAUUCCCGAAUAAACUCGAAUUCAUUCAGGAAAUCUCUGAGAUUCUAAUGGCGUUUGGAAUUCCACCUGAGGGAAACCUGCACUGUAGUGAAAGCGCCUCAAAGAUGAAAAACCUCCGAGCAUGUGACAUAGUUUCUGAUAAAAGAAAUGGGAACAUAGCAGGAUCACCUUUAAAUUCAUAUGAACUGCUAAAGGAAAAUGAGACCAUAGCAAGGCUUCAAGCACUUGUUAAAAGAACAGGUGUGAGCCUUGAAAAGCUGGAAGUGCGAGAGGAGACCAGUAGCAACAAGGAUCUCAAGGUUCAAUGCGAUGAAGAAGAGUUACGGGUUUACCAGCUGAACAUUCAAAUCCGAGAAGUUUUUGCCAACCGUUUUACACAGAUGUUUGCAGACUAUGAAGUAUUUGUCAUUCAGCCGAGUCAGGACAAGGAGUCUUGGUUUACCAACAGGGAGCAGAUGCAGAACUUUGAUAAAGCAUCUUUCUUGUCAGACCAGCCUGAACCUUACUUGCCUUUUCUCUCAAGAUUUCUGGAGACACAGAUGUUUGCGUCUUUUAUCGACAAUAAGAUUAUGUGCCAUGACGAAGAUGACAAAGACCCAAUUUUGAGAGUGUUCGAUUCUAGAGUAGAUAAAAUUAGACUGUUAAAUGUUAGGACACCAACUCUGCGCACAUCUAUGUAUCAAAAGUGCACUACCAUUGAUGAGGCAGAGAAAGCUAUUGAAUUAAGGCUUGUAAAAAUAGAUCACACUGCGGUCCACCCACACUUAUUAGAUAUGAAGAUUGGCCAAGGGAAGUAUGAACUUGGGUUUUUCCCCAAGCUUCAGUCUGACGUACUCUCCAUAGGACCAGCCAGCAACAAAUGGACAAAGAGAAACGCACCUGCACAGUGGAGGCGGAAAGACAGACAAAAACAACACACAGAGCACCUGCGUCUUGACAAUGAUCAGAGAGAGCAUCUGGAUUUUUCCUUGCCAGAGCUUCAUUUGCAAUCAUAUUUAGACUGGGACCAGCAUGAUUGGCCUUUCAGACCCUCUAUAAAAUCUGUUUCAGAGCUUUACCUGAAGUAUAUCCAAGAAGCCAGGAAUCUGGGCAGCACCAUUCGUCAGCCUAAGCUGUCUAACCUCUCUCCAUCGGUAAUUGCACAAACAAACUGGAAAUUUGUUGAAGGCUUACUGAAGGAAUGUCGAAAUAAGACCAAGAGGAUGCUGGUUGAAAAAAUGGGCCGAGAAGCUGUGGAACUAGGUCAUGGUGAGGUGAACAUCACAGGUGUAGAAGAGAAUACGUUAAUAGCCAGUCUUUGUGACCUCUUAGAAAGGAUAUGGAGUCAUGGUCUACAGGUCAAACAGGAUAGAAGCUGUACUACUUUCAUCCUAGAAGACAGAGCAUCAGUAUACUCUGCUUCAACUCAGAUUUGGGCCUUUCAGACAACCAGGCGGCCAACCCCACAUAAGGGAAAAUCUGCUUUGUGGUCUCACUUAUUACAUUACCAAGAAAAUAGGCAGAGAAAGCCCACGUCAGGUAGCUUCAGUACCUCAGGAGUACUUCUCGAUUCAGAAAGGAGGAAGUCAGAUGCCAGCCCAGCCAUGUCGCCCCUGAGAAUCUCUCUCAUACAGGAUAUGAGGCAUAUCCAGAAUAUUGGUGAGAUCAAAACAGAUGUUGGCAAGGCAAGGGCCUGGGUUCGACUGUCCAUGGAAAAGAAGUUACUCUCCAGGCAUCUAAAGCAGCUUCUUUCAGAUCUUGAACUUACAAAAAAACUCUACAAGCGUUAUGCCUUUCUCCGCUGUGAUGAUGAGAAAGAACAGUUCCUGUAUCAUCUCCUGUCAUUUAAUGCCGUUGAUUAUUUUUGCUUUACCAAUGUUUUCACAACAAUCUUGAUCCCAUACCAUAUAUUGAUUGUUCCUAGCAAGAAACUUGGUGGCUCAAUGUUCACUGCCAACCCUUGGAUCUGUAUCUCAGGAGAGUUGAGUGAAACAGGAGUCCUACAGAUUCCCAGGAAUAUAUUGGAGAUGACAUUUGAGUGCCAGAACCUGGGAAAACUUACCACAGUACAAAUAGGACAUGAUAAUUCAGGGCUGUAUGCCAAGUGGCUAGUGGAAUAUGUUAUGGUCAGAAACGAAAUAACAGGGCAUACUUACAAGUUUCCAUGUGGGAGGUGGCUUGGAAAGGGGAUGGAUGACGGCAGUUUAGAGAGGAUCCUGGUGGGAGAGUUACUAACUUCACAUACCGAGGCAGAUGAAAGGCAGUGCAGAACCCCACCACUGCAGCAGUCACCAAGUAUGAUCAGAAGAUUUGUCACGAUAUCGCCAAAUAAUAAACCAAAGUUAAACACAGGUCAGAUACAGGAAGCUAUUGGUGAAGCAGUGAAUGGUAUUGUCAAGCAUUUCCACAAACCAGAAAAGGAGAGAGGCAGUCUCACUCUGUUGCUGUGUGGAGAAAGCGGACUCGUUUCAGCCCUUGAGCAGGUGUUUCAGCAUGGAUUUAAAUCACCCAGGCUCUUCAAAAAUGUCUUUAUUUGGGACUUUCUAGAAAAAGCACAAACACAUUAUGAGACCCUUGAUCAGAAUGAAAUAGUCCCAGAGGAGAACUGGCAGACUAGAGCCAGGAGUUUUUGUCGUUUUGUCACUGCUAUCAACAACACUCCUAGAAACAUUGGGAAGGAUGGCAAGUUUCAGAUGCUGGUGUGCCUUGGAGCCAGAGACCACCUCUUACACCAUUGGAUCGCCUUGCUUGCAGACUGUCCAAUCACAGCACAGAUGUACGAGGAUAUAGCACUGAUUAAGGAUCAUACCCUUGUUAAUUCCUUGAUUCGAGUGUUGCAGACCUUGCAGGAGUUCAACAUUACACUGGAGGCUUCCCUCGUCAAAGGAAUAGACAUCUGAUCUGUCUCACCGCAGACACUUAAAAAAAGCAACAAGGAACAAAUAUUAUUAGUAUGCAAAGGUUCUUUCUGCUAAUACGUCAUGUUGCGAACUUGUUCUUGGCCACAAAACACAACUUUGACUUUUCUUGAAGGAAAUUCAAAAAAUAGUGCAGAAAAAUGGACAGAAGCUGUAAACUCAAUGUUAAAAGGAAAAAAAAAAAGGAGGAUUUUUGGUAUAAAUCUAUUUUAGAGUUUAUUUGCUGAUUUGCUUUUUACACACUUUCAUGUGAAAGAGAGAGAGAGAUGACUAUUUGUGCAGCUUAUUUUAAAGCUGCAGUAUUUCCUUGCCAUAGAUAAUGUGCAGUGAGCCUUUCAGCACUCUCUGAAUUUGCCUUCAGAUGUGCUGUAUGUUGUAAGCCCUAAUGUACACACUCCAUUUCUGCUAAGAAGGUCAUUCUAGAGUUUUUAAACUAAUAUUUUAUAUAUUAACAUUAUUACCAAUGUUUGAUUUUUUUUCUUUAAACUAAACUGGGUCACUGCUGUGCUGCAAGGGAAACGACAAAUUCUGGUGUGAGGUUUUUGAAUAGCCUCAGAGCACUGAUUUGUCAGCAAAUCACUUUUCUUUAUUUUUGUUGUCAGUAUUACGUUUAGUGGGUUCCAGGAGACAGAACCAUGCAAAUGGACAGAGAUUAAAGUAAUAUUUUUCAUAUUGGUACAUAAUUGCACAGAAGAAACUGUAAGUGUGUUGUAUUUUUAACUGAUGUUUUUAUUUAUUUAACCUAUCGUGUUUUUGUAAGAUUUUGUUUUUUAAAAAGCCUUAUACAAUAUAACUGGCUAUAUUAUGUUUGCAAUUCAAAAUUUACAGUUCAGUCCACUUAAAUGAAAAGCCUGGAUAAGAGUGUAUCUGCUAGCAAAAAUGUUUCAGUGUGCACCUGCCUUUCAAAUUAGAAUUUAUCUUGGUGUGGAGCACCCUUAAAUUGUUAACGGCUAAAGAAAUAACUCCCUAACCCUGUGCUUUGAUUUAUAUUCUAAUGCAAAGGGAACAGUAGCUAAGUAGAGGUCAGUGCCACAGUGAAGUAAUGAUGCCACUCAUAAACCUAAUUCCAAGUUUCCGUUUCAAAACUUUCUGUGGUGAUCUCACGUGAUGAGCAUAGACUGUACAUAGGAUUUACUGUUGAAAUAUCAAGCUCUCUUAUGUGCUAACUUUGCAAGCUGCUGGAUUCCAGGAUGCUUGUGUAUCUUAAGUAAAAAGGCUUUAGCCCAUGCUCAUAAAUUAUAACAUUCAGACUGCUUGGAUUUUGUUGAAAUACAGAGCUUGGGAUUUGGUGAGUGCAUAGAGGCAGCUCUGUUCAUUUUAAUUCUCCAAUAAAAUCCCUUUGAAAUGCAGACCUGAUUUGAGACACAAACCCUGGUCAGCAUAAUGAAUUGCUGUUCAGUACUUCUGGGCUCUAAUUAAGUGGUCUCCACUGUAUAAACUUCCCAGCAAUAUCUCCCUUACUAUAAGGAACAGAAGGUUGUUCUUGGUUGUCUGUAGAAUAUUGUGACACCUUUUCUUUAUUCUCUUCAUUUUAGUGACAUCUUGUGAUAGCUUUAUUUCCGUAAUUUAAAGGUAUAGCACAUGUAUUAAAUUUUCGACUAUUUUUACUUUUGUCCUAUUUAUUUCAUUAUUAAAUGGAGAAGUUUCUUUGUCA